UUGGCGUGGGACGAGGAAGAGCGAAGGCUUGGUGCUUUGGGGCGUGCGGGGCGCUGGAGGGACGGGAGGAUGGUUCUGAUCAAGGAGUUCCGGGUAGUGCUGCCUUGCUCCGUGGAGGAGUAUCAAGUGGGGCAAUUAUUCUCCGUGGCCGAGGCCAGCAAGAACAACACCGGUGGUGGCGAAGGGAUCGAGGUUCUCACAAAUGAACCCUACGAGCGUGAGGGGGAACGAGGGCAGUACACUCACAAGAUCUACCAUCUCCAGAGCAAAGUUCCUGGAUUCAUUAAGAUGUUUGCCCCUGAAGGGUCCCUCAUUGUUCACGAGAGAGCCUGGAAUGCCUAUCCUUAUUGUCGAACAGUUAUUACAAAUGAAUACAUGAAGGAUGAUUUCUUUGUCAAAAUUGAAACGUGGCACAAACCGGAUUUAGGAGACCAAGACAAUGUCCAUGGGCUCGACUCAGACACCUGGAAAGAUGUUGAGGUGGUUCAUAUAGACAUCGGCGAUCGAACGCACGUGUCGGAUGACGAUUACAAGCCGGAUGAAGACCCAGCACUUUUCAAAUCACUGAAAACCAGCAGAGGUCCUCUUGGGCCUGACUGGAAGCGGGAACUAGCCAAUAACGAAGAUUGCCCCCACAUGUGUGCCUACAAACUUGUGACGGUGAAGUUUCGCUGGUGGGGCCUUCAAGGCCGAGUGGAAAAAUUUAUCCAGAAGCAAGAAAGACGCCUCUUCACCAACUUCCACAGGCAGCUCUUCUGCUGGUUGGAUAAGUGGGUGGAUUUAACUAUGGCUGACAUCCGGCGGAUGGAGGAGGAGACACAGAGGGAGCUUGACGAGAUACGCCAGAAGGGCACUGUGAGAGGAAUGACUGUUGGGGAUGAAUGAGCACCCCCUGUUGCCUGGGCCAAGUACUGACAAGGUGCAGCUCCCGUUCUGACCUGACUUUGGACCUAUCGUUGCGGGACUCCUCUCUUUCUCUCUCUGACCCUUCCCUCUCUUCCUCCCCCUACCACCGUGGAAGGGGAAGAUGGUUCCUGUUCCUUUUUCCGUCCUGCUGGUCCGAACAUAUUCCCAACUCCCCACCCCCGGCUUCUGCUGGCACGGGGAACCCCACGAAACUGCCAAUUACUUCUUACUGAUCAUGGAUUAAUCGGUGCCCCCACGACACGACAAGUGGGGCACAGAAGAGGGGAGGCAAGGACCCUUCGGAAGCUGGGUGUGAGGGGGCCUCUCUCUCACUUUCACCCUGCAAAGGCAGGGGACGCCUGACUAUUAAUAAUAACAAUAAUAUUAAUACUCUUUGGAAUCCUAUUUUGGGUGGGGGUGGGGUCUUUCUAUAGGAAGGGGAAAGGAAAGUCGGGAAUGUUUAAAAGUGGGGUGCCGUGGGCGGGGAAGGGAACAAGUUUAAAAUGUUGUGUAAGGAGUAUACUUUUGCCUUCACUGUGAAGAGUUGGACUCUUACCUCUUUUUUAAGAAACACACGAAAACUUUUCUCCACUACCCACCCGGCAUCCAUCUUCCAGGGUCAUGGCAAGCCGUGAUGUUUUUUCCUUGGGCUCUUCCUGGCCUAUAUGGUGGAGUUAAAACAUGCCACUAAACUGGCUCUAUUAUAGGCAGCAGAAUUUCCCUCCCAUAUUUUCAGAGGUGGUGCAAACUAUGUUGGCUCAAAGUAUUCUGGGCUAUUUUCCUCCUUUUCUGUUUUUAAAUGGCACUGGGGUGUCCUCCUAAGGCAGCCUUCCCCAAUGAGGUGUCCUCCUGAUGUUUUGGCCUUCAGCCCCGGCCAGCAUGGCCAAUGGCAAGGAAUGCUGGGAAUUGUAGCCCAAAACAUCUGGAGGGCACCAGGUUGGGGAAGGUUGUCCUAAGGUUUAAGCAGAACCUUGUUUUCCCUGCCGCUUCCCAGGGUCUCAGUUUGUGUGUGCCAGAAGCGCAGGUAAUUUUCUCCAUCUGGGAGAAGCCCUUGCAAACAUUUCAGCCCCCCUCUGGGACUUAAGGGAGGGGAGAGUGGGGGAAGACUUUGAGGCCCAGCGCUGCAGUUCUAAGGUUCUGAACAGUAUUUUUUUUAAAAAAGACAAACACUGAAAAAUCUUUUUUUAAAACAAACAAAACAAUAAAUAAACUUGAAGUUGA